CCUCUAAAUACGGCUGAUGUAACUCUUGAAAAUACCUCAGAGGAAUUAUUUUUCAGGGUUUUUGUUCUAACACGUUUUACUUGUCUAGCUCGUCCAUAUGAGAUCAGGUGACACGUCAGCGGGCUUGUUAGGGCGGCAGAGCAGAGACGCCACUAUUCCCGAAUGGCAGACAAACACAUGUCAGGAAAUGGUGGGAACGAUUUUGCCUCUUCUCUCUUGGAUCGUAAUGACUGCGCUGGCAACAAGGCCUCGGACAAGCCGCACGAUAAAAAUCUGUGGACCAGAGCAGAGGCCCACCAAUGGAUGCCAGUGUUGUUUGCGGGGACUUGCCUGGUCUACUGUGCCCGGAUGACCAUGCCUGUGUGUGCAGUGGCGAUGGCAGCCACGUUCGGCUGGAACAAGAUCGACACUGGCCUGGCCCUGGGUGGAUUCUUCUGGGGCUACUCGUGCACGCAGAUCCUGGGAGGUCAUGCCAGUGACAAAAUCGGAGGAGAGCGAGUCCUGUUCUUCUCAGCCAUUUCAUGGUCAGUGGUCACAGCCGCCACGCCCGCUUUACAGCACCUUGGCUCUUACACCCUGGCUCUCAUGACCAUGGCCAGAGUCCUGAUGGGAAUAUUACAAGGUGUAUUCUUCCCAUCUUUGACCAGUCUCAUCGCACAGCGUGCACCGGAAGGGGAGAAAAACUUCUUAUACAGCAUCAAUCAAAGCGGUAGCUCUCUUGGAAUACUGUUGGCAGGCUUGUUGGGCUCCAUAAUGCUGGACUGGUACGGUUGGGAAAGUGUAUUCUAUGCCACUGGUUUUCUAUCUGGAUUCUGGGUGCUCCUAGUGUGGCAUUGUUUUCUGAAAGGCAAAGUUUAUCCAAAGCAGAAAGAAAGAAGCAAAGAGUCCCAAUCAAAGAAUUUUUCCUGUUCGCAUCUGCUGAGCCUCUUGAGAAAGCCAUGCGUCCGGGCCAUGGUCUUUGCUCACCUAUGCACAUGCGGCACUUCCUACACGUUACUCUCGUGGAUGCCGACAUACUUCAGCGAUGAAUAUCCACACGCCACGACGUGGGUAUACAAUGUGUUCCCUUGGGCAGCUGUCAUUCCAGUAGCUCUUUGCGGCGGAUAUCUCUCUGAUUCGCUCAUCAGCCAAGGAUACAGUGUGGUGUUUGUGAGAAAGUCUAUGCAGUUCAUCGCCAUGGGUGUGUCCAGCGCUUUUGUCCUGCCACUGUCUUUCAAGUUGCCUUUUCCAAUCGCCGUCAUCUGCAUUUCUGCUGCGAUGGUUGCACUCUCCUUCACCAGCUGUGGUUCUUCGGUGAAUGUGCAGGAUCUAACCCCUUCACGGGCUGGAACCCUCUAUGGUUUCAUGAAUAUGCUCGGCGCUUUCACGGGUGUGCUGAUGGUGUCACUGUCUGGCUACAUGAUCGAAGUGACCCGGUCGUGGGCAUCGGUGUUCACGCUCAUCUCCUUUGUCCACUGCGUCGGCCUUGCUGUCUUUCUCUACUUUGGAGAUGCCCAACGCGUUGACCUUAAAGAGUCACACUCCUUUGCUCCCAUUUGAAAUGUUGCCCAUAUGGUUAUAAAACCUUCCUUUUUACAUUUUA